GUCACUGAUGACGUCACGCGCCGGCGUAGUCCCCCGCGGCGAGCGCGGCCCCGUGGUGCGGCCGGGCGGGUCGCGCUGCCCCGAACGGGGGUUCCGGCCGCGCACGCGGCAGGGUGGCGGGGAGCGGGGGGGCGCCGCCGCCGGGAGGGCCCCGCUGCCCGCGGGCCUCGGCCGGGCCGCCCCGCGGUGAAUCCGCCCCGGCAGCUCGGGCGGGGCCGGCGGGAGACGGCUCAGCCGCCGGGGUCCACAGCGGAGGAGCAAAAAGGGGAUCAGAAAAGCGUGCAGCAGGGAGGCCCAGCGCUGACCGCGCUGUGGGGAAAGUGCCGGCGCGGGAGGCCUGUACACUGGUGGGAGUCGGGAACCCGUAUCAGAGAAAGGAUCAUUCUUAACCUGCCGGUUUCCUACAGUUUUUCCUCAAGUACGUGCUUAACUCUUUGGAGACGGGAGACUGUGCAGUGCAGUCCACGUGGCUGACAAUACACUUUCAUGUUGGCAGUCACGUUAAAAGCACAAACCAGAAUUCCUGAUGCGAUGUGGGAAACUCUUUCUGAAGCCAGUCCUGCAAAGGAGACAGGCUGUGCAAUAACCACAGCAUCCAAGGAAUGACUCAGGCUUUUUUUCCAAUCUAUGUUUCAAGAAAAAGAAAUCUCUCUCUAUACACACACAUACAUCGACCUUACGGGAUGCGGGAAGCAGGUGCUUCUCAGGCUUCAGGACACUGCUGUACGGAUGGAAGUACUGAAUCCUCGAGUCAGAGGGGCGUUAUAUAUGAAAUAUAAUGAAAGAAGGAUCUGAGAAAGGGGAUCCAAAGCCUGCCUUCCUGCCCAGCUUUCCUCUCUGCACUUCCCAGGAUCUUCUGCCCACACCAUAAAAAUCAAUGAAUGCUAAGGAACAACAAACGGGACACGCCGGCAGCAACAAGACGAGCAGGAGGCCGCCUGGGGUGAGACGGCGGCCAGCAGCGGGGAGCCGGGAGCUGGCGUGCGGCAGCCCCUUCGGGUGCCCCCAUGAGCGAGCCUCGCGGCCGGGCCUGCCGGGACACCGUGUGGCGCCAUGCGAGCGGGCCACGAGCGGAGCCAGGAGUGCCUGCCCCCCAAGAAGCGGGACCUGCCUGCCGCCAGCGUGGGCGCAGAGGCAGGGCGGGCCGGGAGCGCCCAGGCCUCGGGCGAGGGCCCCGAGUGGGGCCGGGCGGCAGGCCCGGGCCCCGCGGCCCUGCGCUAUGGCCCGGGCGACGGCGCGGAGGCCGUGGCGGGGCUGACGGUGGACCAGUAUGGGAUGCUCUACAAAGUGGCGGUGCCGCCCGCCACCUUCUCCCCCACGGGCCUGCACCCCGUGGUGAACGUGAGCCCCCUGCCGCCGGCCUUCAACGUGACCUCGCCGCUAAUCCAGCACCCGGGGGUGCCCUACCCUCCCAUCCACUACGCGCAGAUCCCCCCGACGUCUCUGCAGUUCAUCGGCUCUCAUUACACGGUGCCCUAUGCUGUUCCUUCUGGCUUCCUGCCUAGUCCUCUCCUGUCUCCUUCCACCAACCUCACCGCCUCUCACGUCCCUCACUUUGUGCCAUACGCCUCUCUCUUCACGGAAGAAGCCGCUCCUUCCCCUCAGACUACCUCUCCUACCCACACCUUCAACAAAUCUGUUUCUGCCAUCUCGCCUUCCGGCCAGAUGCAGCACCAUACUGGGACCCAGCCAUUAGAUAUUGCACCAGGUAGAAUUCCUGUUUAUUACCAGAUGUCCCGCCUCCCACCAGGGUAUUCGGCAUAUGAGACACCUACAGCAAGUGGAAGCCCAGAUCCUCCUCAGCAAGACAGUCAGCUGAGUUCAGAGGUAGUUGCUGCCAACGGUGGACAGAGACAUCUGGAGCAUAAUGUGGUGAGGAGGACCAGCGAGGCUGUGGACUCUGCCAGCAGUAAAGCUGAAGACUGUCUGCCAGGGGCUGCAGUGGGAUGUGUGGUCGAUGGACAGUUUCUUUCAGGUUACCAGACUUUGAGAACAGAGGUCUCUGUGCCAGCUCACAGAAGCACCCCAGACGCUGAUCUGGAGGUUCAGAGGGUGGUGGGGGUGUUGGCGUCUCAGGAUUACCAUGUUCUGGCAGCGCAGAGGAAGGAUGACCUGAGCCCUUUAAACCUUUGCCAUAAUAUCCCUGAUCAGCAGGGGGAGUCAAGGGACGUUUUGAGGAGCACAGUGGAAAGGGCUGCUGCUGAGAAAAGCCAGUCCAGGAGUCCAUUUGUAAUGUCCCCUGAAGAGAUGGUUAGACAAAGACAAUUAACCAAAGGAAUGGUAAUAGCCAACGGCAAGCCAGUCCUGGUGCCUGCUGUAUCUGAGCCCGUCAGGUCUUCCUCUUCAGAUACUCUGGUGAGGCAGAGCCCAGAUGCGCAGGCUCGAGGAAGCACGCUUGAAAAGGACUUGACCCAACUGCAGCCACCCAGCUCCUCGCACUUGCCCUCUCACUUCAUGAAAGGAGCCAUCAUCCAGCUGGCUACAGGAGAGCUGAAGCGGGUAGAGGACCUGCAGACUCAAGACUUCGUUCGCAGUGCUGAGGUGAGCGGGGGCCUGAAGAUCGACUCCAGCACCGUGGUGGAUAUUCAGGAAAGCCAGUGGCCUGGGUUUGUCACGUUGCAUUUUGUGGUUGGGGAGCAACAAAGUAAAGUGAGCAUUGAUGUGCCCCCAGAGCAUCCCUUCUUUGUGUAUGGCCAGGGCUGGUCCUCCUGUAGCCCAGGGCGGACUGCCCAGCUCUUUGCUCUGCCCUGUCACAGGCUGCAGGUGGGCGAUGUCUGCAUAUCAAUCAGUUUACAGAGCAUGAAUGGCAACUCUGCUUCUCAGGCUAACUACCCUCUCACGGGUCAGUUGAUAUCUACUAGAGAGAGAGCUGAAAGAACAGCGCAGGGGUCCAGAGAGCCACCUGACAGAGCUGCCGAAAGGAAGAGCCACCCAGAAAGGGAUAGUGCAGCCCAGGGCUCUCGUGAAGAAACCUCUCAGCCUGAGACUGGCAGUCAGCACAGCUGGACAGCCCCAGGCUUCCAAAGAUACAGCGUGCAGGCAGAGGAGCCUCGGCCGUCUCUGCUCCGUCCCUUUUUCAUUCCCCAGGAGGUCAAGCUGUCUAUUGAAGGGCGUUCCAAUGCGGGGAAGUGAUCCCUCUGAGGCUGUGAGCUAGGGUGUGCCCCGUGCGUGAGCCUCACCUUCAGCAGGUGAAGAAAUUGCACAGACUUUGUGACAGGUUCACCAGCAAGGCUGCUCUCUGCCCUGCAGAACUGGAUUCACUCCAGUUCGGUCGCUGACCAGAUCCUCUUGGGGAAUCGAGAGGGCUCCAGUGCCUCAGGGAGCAGCAACAGGCUAGUUGGGGUAGAGAACGGGGGUGUGCUCAAGAGCUUGUGACAGGAGCAUUCCGGAGGUUGGGGCUUUGCACCUCCCUGAAUACCUGGUUCCCUGCAGGGCAGGGUCUGAGCAUUCAGGAUAGGCGGGGAGAUGAGAAGGGCAGACACAGCUUAAGGUAGCAGAUAAAGUUGCUGAAGAUUUUAUUCCUCCUUUCUCAUGAUGGGGAAAGAUGGGUCCCCACUGGAGUUUAGGGGGCACUACUCCUAGUAUCCCCUUUCUUCACACAUGCACUUUAAAAGGACCGUUCACCGAUGGAGCUCUUGAGGGCAGGCUGCAGAUGCUUCUCUGAUGGUUCUGUUUAUUGUCUCUUCCACUGAAUCCAACCGCUCUUUAUUCUUGCAAAGAAUCUAGAGAGAUCUGCAUGAAUGACAGAAAUUGGAGAGGAAGGACCAAAAGGAUGGGUUUAGGUGCAGGUGAAUAGGAAACUGUGGAAAAGACUUGAGCACUUGGGAUGGGACAUAAGUUGGGAUGGGAGAUGUCAGUUUCCUGCUAAGAAAUACAUUUAAUUAUUUGACACCAAAUCAAAUCUUUCUUCCCAUGUUCUUAACCCUUAAAUAAAUAAAAAAAAAGCUUCUCUUAGGCCUAAAGCUUUUGCUGAGGUUUAGCCUACAGGUGAUUUUCUUUCUUUCUUUCUUUCUUUCUCUCUCUCUCUCUCUCUCUCUCUCUCUCUCUCUCUUUUUUUUUUUUUUUUUUUUUUGAAAGCUGGAGUAAAAUACAUUUAGCAUUCUCUAGGGAAGGAUGGAAAAACAUUCUUCUACUGUGAGAAGACUGAGACUAUUUUGUAAUUAAAUCAGAAGAAAACUUUCCAGAUGGCUAAUUCUUCACUGCAGGCAAUUUUCUGAAUAAGCUCUAGACAACAGACAAGUGUUUGUGCAUGUGCAGGCAAGGUACAAAGCUUCUCUUAAUUACAGUUCCAUAACUGAUAUAGGGACUAAAAAUAUCACAGCACCAUAGGGCAUUUUUAGGUGUUUUUCUGUUUGUUGUUCUGAUGCUUCACUUUGGAGUUCCUCUGCAGGACAACAUGGUAAAAUUGAGUCUAGCCUCUUUCGCAGUGAGAUCGAAUAUAAAUGUAUAUUAAUACCUCAUUAUGGUAAUAACACUCCGUUCAAGUAAAGGUUCCUGUAGUUACACUAAUUUGCCCUCUCUGACAGUGUGUUAUGAAACCAACUCUAAAUGCUUAGCUAGAAUAAAAAAAUAGCCACUGCUAUGUUGAAGAUAAGUCUUCACUCUGACUUAACUUGGGUUUAAGUAUUCCUUGUAUUAAGGUGCCCAUCUCUGUGCUAGGACCAUGCUUGCGAGAGGGUAUUGGGUUUCUUUUUAGUGUGCAGGCCCCCAGUAGACUCCUGCUGCUGCUCCUAAUGUUUAGCAUCCCAUUUGCUGUCUCCUUUUUCUCAUCUUUCUGAGCUUUUCUGUCAGGCAUGCCUAGCUGUCAGGGCAUGGCUUCUCUCCCUCCGUGAAUGCCUUGUGUGUCAGCAUCUCCCGCCUGUGUCACCGUCCUUCUGCUGAGCUUGUAGUGCUUUCCCCUCAGGACUGUUCCGUAUACUCUUCAGGAACGUGCCCUGCAGCUGACUGGCUUCAGUCGGCUGCGUGGCAGAGCGGUGCUCUGCUUAGGCGUUAGCAAGUUAGAGAGUCUGCAGAAGGUUCCUUCCCUCCAGGGCAUCAGGCCUCUUGUCUGAGCCUGCUGCUCGCUGUUCAUGUUGCCUUCGAAAUGCCUGCACCAGAAGAACAGUUUCUUUUCAGGUCAUAGCUGAGAUACACUCUGCUCUUGCCUUCAGUGUUUGUGCCUCACAGGGGUUUUCCCAGAGUGAGGAUGCUGCCUGUAUCUGUAACUUCCCCAAAUGACACGCUGCUUCCAGUCAGUCUCGUCAACUGCAUUUGGAAAUAUAAAGUCACGGUGAUGUUGUUGUGUAAAGAUUCUGCCUCCUUGGAUGCAGGAGCCGUGCGAACGGAUACUGUUUUCAUGGCACUGUUUGUCAGUAAAACGCACUGUCUGGGUCCAGGUGCCUGGCCUCGUUGCCUUGUUCCUCGUGUGUCUCCCCUUUGCUACUCAUUGGACUCUCCUACGCAAAGACCGCAGUCAGUGUUGGUUAGUAUAUAACGCUCAGGAUCUCCAGGAUGUCUGUGGCCACCGGCAGAAAGCAGAGGAGCCCGGGUUCUGUCACUGUUCCUUGCGUGGUGCGUGCAGAGGAGUUCGGGGCGGUGGCAGACAGCUAAGAAAGGCAUCUCACAUACGUAUGGCGUGUGCACGUGGAAGGGCUGGCUGCACGCACAGAGGGAAUGUCUGAGCCCUUGAAUGGUGCAGAGCCUCUCGUGUGCCUCUCUGAGCACAGAGAUUUCUGUCUGCUAGAGAGAGGGUUUGGAGAGACUGCCUUGUCUUGCGCGUUGCUGUCCCUGCUCCUAGAUUUCAGCUGCACUGAUCAGUGGUCUGAAAGGGCAGGCACGACGUAUGAGACAGGAUGCUGUGAGGCUGAAGUAACUUCGUGCCCUAGGCAGCUGAAGGGCUGUACAGGUGCUCUCCCGUGUUUUCUCCUGGCCGCUGGCCUGGACUGCAGCCCGUCUGUGCAUCUGUGGAGGAGCACCGCUCCGAGCUCUGCGGAGGAGGCAGGGUGAGCCAGACCUCCGUGCUGCUGCCCAGCCUCCCCCUCGGUCCCCCCGUGCAUGUUUCGGCUGCCGGCUCCUCUGCGGCAGCAGCGGUUUGGGCACAUCUCAUGGCGGGGUACUGCAGUGAAGAACGAGCACCUGGCUGCUUGCCCCAGGGGCCACGGGUAAGGAGAGGGCACUGGAGGUCCUCUGGCCCAGUUUGGCAGUACUCAUCAUCACUGGAAUCUGUCUUUGUUGGGUUGGGCCACGUUGCUUCAGCUUCUGUGGUGCCGGUCGUUGCGUUGAGCGUCCAGGCUCUCCUGAGACUGAGUGUGAGACAGGCUCUGCUAUAAGCAGAAAGGCUGUGAGUGAGCCCAAGGAGGAGGCUUUUAUUUCGCUUAGGUUUACAGGGAAAGGAGGAGAUGAAGCCAGGAAGACACUGUGGAAUGAGUUGGCCACCCAGGCUUUUCUGCUGGCAGAGAUGUGACAGGCUUCUCGGAGGGAUAUACCGUUUCCCUGCUGUAACUGUGAAAGGAGGGAGAGCUGUGGUCUGUGCUGUCUGGAGGAGGGGGCCUCCUGGCCUGGCUCUUCUCUCCGUCUCGCAGGGAGGCUGCGGGAAGAGUCUGCGGGAUGCAAUAAUGGGUAUCUGCAGCCAUCUGCUCCGGCUCGUGAAACAUUCCCUGGGUCAGCUGCCCAGCAGAGGCCAGGCCUGUUUCCAGGCUACGUGUACGUUGUUCCUCCAGGAACAUGAGACUUGCUCCGAGUGACGAGCGCUCAUCACUACCAGACUAUGCAGAGGAAGCUCUGUCUGGAAAGGGGGAAAGCCGCAGAGGCCCCUCUGCCGCCCCUUCCCAGCAGCGCGCAAGUAUAAUGCACUUUUCACAUUCAGUGUCCCUGUUCCCUGUCCCCUCCCCCUGACAAAGUCACUGUUCCCAGUAGAGAACUAAUAAUCCUUGUUACUCAGAAAGUGUUUUAAAUGAAACUACAGCAGCUCGAUUAGCCCAGAUGCUAGUUCCUGCCCGCAGCAGUACAUGUGCCUUUCCCUAGCAUCACUCACAACUGCUCUUUGUCUUUCAGUCUGUCCUAGGGCCCGAAACUUUGCGGAAGCUGCUAAGAUGGCUACGAGUGCACAUUCAGUACAGAGUUUGGCCCAGGGUGUGUUCCAUGUAUAGCUUAAAAUGCUGAUGGCCAAGGCCCCUCCGCGGCCUCCGCAUCUGUCCGUGGAGGACAGACCUUGCCCCUCACGUCCUUCUAGGCUGCAAAUGCACCCAUGCACAUUCUAGUUGUUUUCCACUUCCACGGCACCUUAGAGCCAGGGGAGGGUCUGCCCAUGCAAAGCAGAGAAACGGACGUGUCGCGUUGGGGGAACUGGCUGGGCUGCCCUGAGGCAAGGAGGUCUUUGUAGAUAAGUGCUGAUCCCUCAACUAUAAUCCCAGUUAUGUAAUGGCUGUAUUAACAUGUAACCAACUGCAUUGUAUCUAAAGCCUUAGAACUAGUCAGGUGCUCCCCUUCGACCUUGUUCCUGCCCCUUUCUUCCUACCUGAUCUUUAACAAAGCAUUAAUAAUUCUAAGGAUAAUCUCUAUUUUGUUGUGCUUUUUUUGUAACUGUUUUAAAUAAAUCAAUUUGUACUGUAUAUUUGUACUUUUGGUGAGAUCCUUUUUCCUGUUUUACCAUUUUAAGUCUGUACUUGGCUACACACAGAUUGUAUUUUUAUUGUUAAUGCUCUUAUGAAUAUUGCAUUUAACUUGUUGACUCUGUAAACACAGUAUAUAUCUAUAUAUAUAUAUAUAUAUAUAUAUAAACCAAUAGCUUUUCCUUUGG